CGCUUUUACUGUAAAGCCUUGUUUACACUGCACACGUCUGCGGUGCAUCUCGGCUCUGGCGAGGUUUUGUUCCGUCCUCUAGGCGGUGCCAAUUUACACCAGGAGCAUUUUAGGAGCGAAGCGACAGGAUUCGCGAGACCAUGUGAUUUGCCUGUCCUACGUUGUUUUUCUCGAUUUUUUUGUGUUCUAAAAUGGGUGUUUUGUUGUUCAGUCAGAACAGAAUCUAUGGAGCAGAAGUGGAGAUGAAAGUCAGACCAGGAGACAACAUCACUCUCUACUGUGAUCGCUCUUUAACUGGUUCCCGCUUUGUAUGGUUAAGAAACUGCUCUCAUAAAAAUCAACCCUCUCUGGAAAUAGAUAUAAUGAGAUUGGACAAGGAGAUAUUUCAGCGUUUCAGCUCUGUCCACAACCGCUCCAGUAAUUCUUAUGAUCUACAUAUUACUAACAUCAGUGUCUCUGAUCUGGGACUGUAUUACUGUGCAGAUGUAGAAAAUAAGGUAAAUAAAGAUGAAAAAGACAGGGCCUACCAAUUUGAAAUGUUCUAUUAUGGAAACCAAACAACUCGUCUCUCUCUUGCAGAGGAAGUAACUUCAUGUUCUGGACUCUUGAACAUCACCUGCACUCCUCGUGUAUCAGACUGUCUUCUCUGCUGGACGCUGCUGUUCAGUGUGUGUCCGGUGUGUGUUCUCUUCUCCUCGAUCUGUCUGUACUGCCUCUGUCAGAGGAAAACUACAGAUGCUGCGGCAGAUCAAAAAGACCAUUCGAGAGGUAGAAAUACCAUUGAGGGUGAGGAUGAAGAGGUGUGUUAUGCAUCUUUAGACGUGAAAACCAGGAGACAAAAACAACGCAAGACAAAGCGAGUGCAGUGUUCAGACUUCAGUACAUAUGCUCAGGUCAGAACAGACACGGAAUGGAACUAAAAUAGAACUGAGGUGCUUUCUGAAACUUUUCAAAUAUGAUAAAGGUCAUUAUCAUGUAACAUCUAAUUAUACAAAAUACUUUUGUUACAUCUCAAUGUAAAAUAUAUGUAAUUCCAUACUUGUAUAUUUGGUCCCACUUUAUAUUAAGUGUCUUUAACUACUAGCAUGUAUUAACUUCUAAAUUAAUAAUGUGAUACAAUGUCCUUAUUGUGUAAACAUGUUUUUAUAUUUAAAAAUACCUGCAUGUAAAUACAGCUGUAAUCACAUCUGUAAUUACAUCUAUAAUUAUAAUUGAUCUUUCUGUUCCACCUUAACCAACCCUUAAACCAACCCAUACCAUGAAACCUAUCUCUAAACUUACCCGAAUCCCACCUCAACAGAAGCAAAAGUGUGUUUAAUAUAAAUAAACAUUUUGCCUAGCUUUAUUUAUUUAUUUUAUAUAAGUACAUAGUUAAACACACCUAAUAUAAAAAGUGAUUGGAUGCUUUUUUUUUUUUAAUUUAAAGAGUAAAGCCACAUACAUUAAAACAAUAAAAGUUACAUUUUCCUUCCUUCUAUUUUUACUAUAACAACCACCCCACCCACCCCAUCCCUUCCCUAGGCAGCUUAGUUACAACACAAUAGCAUUGUGUCUGGCAAAAUGAAACAAUCAUAUUACAUCUUUUCAAGGCAUGGACCCAUUGCAUACCACUACAUAGCGAUGAUAAUAAUAGUAUUAUUAUUAUUACAAUAAUAUUAUAACAGUAUGGAAAAAAAAAAAAAAAAAAAUAGCCAUUCUGUGAGACAAAUUACACUGAGGUCAAAACAUCAAAUACAGCAUCACAAAAAGAGAGAGAUACAUAUAUGGAGAGUAAAAGUUAGCAACUGGGUAAUUCUUUCAAGUUUUUAAAAUAUGACAAAAUGGGUUCCCAUUUUGAGUAAAACCUGUCCACAGAUCCCCUUAGUGUAAAUUCGAUCUUUUCUAAUAUUAAAAAGAACAUCACAUCUUCCAGCCAAUCUGUCACAGAAGGAGGGGUAGGGGAUUUCCAACUCAACAAAAUUCUUCUGCGGGCCAAUAAAAAAAGAGUAAGCAAUAAUGUCCCUCUGGGUUGCAGUUAAAGUAAUGAUCAUAGCGUCACUGGGAGUUCCGAAAAUACCUAUUGAAGGACAAGGCCGCAAUGUCACCCCAAGGGCAUCACUGAUAGUUUUAAAAACCAAUGCCCAGUAAUUAUUUAGAGGAGCAAGACCAAAAUGUAUGCGACAGACUAGCUGGGGAAAAAGAGCAUCUAUCACAGGCUGCAUCUAACCCAGGAUAUAUUCCAGCUAACCAUGCCUUGCUCAAGUGAACCCUGUGCAGCACUUUGAAUUGUAUGAGCCCUAACUUAACAGAAGAUGAUGAUGAGUGGACCUUUUUAAGCGCCUCCCCCCAAAAAGCCUCAGAUAGCUCUAUGCCCAGUUCAUCUUCCCAUCUGGAUUUAAUUUUAUCCAGAUUGUACCCUUUCAAAGACAUGAGAUGGAAAUAUAAUAAUUGAAAUCAAUACUUUAUUAUUAAAAUUGAGAAUAGGAUUAUCUAAGGGCGAGGUAGGAGGAAGAUCAGAGAAGGAUGGGAAUUUGUUCUUAACAAAAUUGCGAAUCUGAAGAUACAGUAUCUGAAAAAGUGGUUUUGAGGGAGGUCAUACAAUCUGCAGAGGUUCUCAAAACUGUUGAAUAAACCUUUAGUAUAUAAAUCUUUGAUGCAUAUCAACCCGGCAACUACCCACUGUCUAAAUGAUGAGUUCAGUGUAGAGGGAGGGAAUAAAUGAUUUUUGUAAAUUGGACCCAAAACCGAUGCUGAUGUAAAUUUAUAAUGACAAUGAAACUGAUUAAAGAUCUUGAGAGUAGAAAGAACAACAGGAUUGUAUGUGAAUCGAGAAGCUUUCAAAGGUAAGGAAGAAUACACUAAAGCAGGGAGAGAAGAAGAGUGACAUGUUUGUGCUUCAAUUAAACACCAAUUUGUUUCUGGGCAAUGAAGCCAAAUUAAUAUCUUCUGAAUAUUUGAUGCCCAGUAAUAAUGAGUAAAACUUGGGAGGCCUAAACCACCAACAUCGCAGGCCCUCUGAAGAAUAUGUUUGUUAACCCUGGGGAUCUUAUUUUCCCAAAUGAAAGAGGAUAUAGAUUGAUUAAUUGAACGGGAAAAGGAUUUGGGCAAAAAAACUGGUAGGGACUAAAACAAAUAAAGGAACUUGGGAAGAACUGUCAUUUUUACUGAAUGUAUUCUUCCGGCUAAAGUAAGGGGAAGACUAUGCCACCUUUCCAACUCUGCCUUUACUUCCUUUAACUGAGCUUUAUAAUUGGCUUCAAACAAAGAAGAAAAAGAGCGCGUCAUAUGAAUUCCAAGAUAUUUAAACCCAUCCGGAGAAAAACGAAAGGGUAAUGAUACUUGUUGAAUUUGUAAGGCCAAAUUAUUAAUGGGGAAACAUUCACUUUUUUGGAAAUUUAAUUUGUAUCCCGAAAAGUUACCAAACCGACCUAAUAAGAAUAUAAUUAAAGGACAACUAGAUAUAGGGUCACUGAUGUAAAGCCAAAGGUCAUCGGCGUAUAAAGACACACGAUGUUCAAUACCCCCUCGCUUAAUUCCUUGAAACACUGUUGUUGUUUUCAAAGCUAUUGAAAGAGGCUCAAUCACAAUGGCAAAAAGGAGUGGGGACAGUGGGCAUCCCUGACGAGUUCCACGUGUUAAUGGAAAAAGUCUGAUCGAGAAUAAUUAGUCCGAAUGGAAGCUGAAGGGGAAUUAUAUAUUAAUUUAACCCAAGAAAUAAAAAUAUUACCAAAACCAAACCUCGCGAAGUCGCUCGUCAUGAGCUUGGUAAUAUGAUUUCACUUGUUCCAAUGUCGCGUUCACAGGUGACAGUGCACCAGCCAGUUCUGUUUUUAAAAGUGAGUGAACUACUUGUGUCAUGUUGGAAAGGAGCGCUGACCGGAGUUUUUCGAGAUCUUCAGGUAGAGCCGUUAGGCCCUCAGGAGAUGGUGAUAUUUCGUCGGCCUUACUCGAGGGUGCUUCGCCAUCUCUGUUGCCGGUUUUAUUCCGAAGUUGCUUUCUACUCGCCAUUUUUUUUCCACCGUAACUUCAUGUAGUAUCAGCCACCAGAUAAUCAAUUGUAUUGAACAUAUAUAAAAAAAAAUAACGACCAAUUGAAAGAAAGAGGUCGGGAGCUACACUCGUGUGCACCUACUCACGCCAUGCUCAACCCGGAAGUCCGUGAUUGGAUACUUUAACUUUUUUUUUCACACAUUGAUAACUUUUUUAUUUUUUUUAUUUAAAUGAGCUGUCACUCGUACUGUUGUUACUCUGUUGCUACUCUGGUGUGCGUUUCCAGUACAACAAUGCAUACGAUGAGUCUUUGAACAAAUCAACUAGCUAGUCAAGACUGUUUCCCAAAACCAUAUUGUCGCAAACCUGCCAUUCAACCACCGUGGUGAAUGAUGUCACACAGGUGGAGUAAUAACUUAUUUAAAUGAAUCAUUAGCCAACUAACAUCGCAAGUUCCGUCAUUAAUAACAUAGUUUAACGAUUUGGUGUUUCCCAAAACCAUAGUUCAAACGAACAUUCACAAACUUGUGUGGUUGGAACGCUCUCGAGCUGUGGUUAGAAGCAUAGUUUCUUGUUUUUAUGACAUGUGGACUUAAUAAAUCGUCAUCUUGAGCAAAAUAAGCAAGCUGACAUUAAGUACAAUGUAUAUCUUUUAUUUCAAAUAUAUACAAAUGUCAUUUACAUAUUUUAAUUUGUCGUCCGAAUUUUAAGCACCGUUUUUGAAGAGUGCGCAUGUGCGUACGUGCUCUAGUAAGAACGAGCCUAUGAUUGAAUCUGGAAAUAAAGCAAAAUAAAUGAGAAAAAUGAGAAGUAGUCAUCAGAUGACAUGUCCGUAAUUUAUAACAAAAAAAUCUAGUCUCGAUCUCAAACGGAUUCAUUUCAAGAAGAAGUUAUUACUCCACCACCUGCGUGACAUCAUUCACCAAUGUGGCUGAACGACAAUACGGUUUCGGGAAACACUCGUGACUAGCUAGUUGAUUUGUUCAACAAUGCAUCAUACUAUGGUAGUGAAGGAGCGAGUUACGCCGUUGUAUGGGAAACGCACCCCAUGGCCUCAGAGCAGUACAAUGUUGUUUUCCUCUGUUAAAAGUGUUUUAGUACAGCCUUUGUGGACACACAAUGAUGACCCGAAUAACAGGAUGUAGAAGUGGGUUUCCUGUAUGAAGCGGUGUUUAGUUUAAGGUAUUUAUAUUAAACUUAUUCUUAAACGGAAUGUUUGCAACGUUUAUCUGAUUCAAUUUUACAGCUAAUUUCAUUCAUUUUUCCUCAAAACAUACUCCAUGGCAGAUGAAGCAUAAUGUGUUUGAAUAGGUUAGUGUGGUCGGAUAACAGCAACAAGCAAACAUUCAAACUAUAUUUCUCAUCUUAAAACUAUCUGUCUUAUAACUGUAAAGGUAAAAGAGAAAUGCCCACUUUAGUUGCUUCUCUGUAGUAAGAUACAUUCUUGUUUUUUCUCUUGUUUUCUUAUUUUUCUUUGAACUGGUGCAUUCCAGGUCUGCCUUUUUCUAUUUGUGCUUUUAAUUCUUUUGAACAGUUAAAAUCUUAUUGAAAUCAAAAUAAAUUUAAAUAUUCAAAGCAUCAGAGUUGUUCUUCAAAGGAGUUUUACUGAAGUGCGCUGUCUGUGUCUUUCUUGAGGAAGGGUCUUGCUUUGUUUCCAGUUAAAGAGAUAACAAUCUUAACCACAAAUGUUUCCAUUCAGUUUAGUGCUUGUGUGAACAUGAGACAGAAGAAAGAGGUUGGUGUGUAUGAAUGCUCAUGUGAUGAGUUUGUGGUGAAAUUGGUUUGUGUACAUGCAGCAAAAGCUUGAUUUACUGCAGCAGUCUUUCUUUAGACUCUCUGAUGGACGAGGAAGAAUCACAUUUACUGCAUCUCUCAGAAUGAAGCACAAAGAGCAGGUUUCAGUUUUAUUUGCUUUCAUUUACUUGGGCAAUGCAUCUCACAUGACCACUCAAAUGAUGUUCGGUGCCAUGUCAUUUAAUAAUAAUGUGUCAAAAGGAAUGUUUCUUUUGUUUGUACAUUUUUGUCACUGUAUGUAAUGGAUAGUGAUGUUUAUAGUAUGGCAAUGUAUAUUUUUACUGGUCCAUGAUCUGUUGUGUCUGAAAGAGACUCAUGGGGGUCCGAGCCGUCAGUAUGUUUAGUUUUAUUAGUGGCCUGAGGGGGGCAGUGUGGAUUUAGACAAUUUACAAAAAGCAAAACAUUUUAAAUGCUUGUUACAUCCACAUUUAUUUGACUCAUUUUAAAGCACAUUUUUAUGUGAAGGUCAUAUAGCAAAUAAAUGUGUCGUAUCAAUUCAUGUUGUGAUUCAGUUGAUUGUCUGUGUGUUUGGCAAAUCAUUAAAGAUGAUUUGUAACAUGCUGUCAACAAUGUCAAAUUUGUGCAAAAUGGGCCACAUGCAACUCCUACUAAAAAUGUAGCAGCGUGUUUUAAAAAAAUAUGUACAAAACUUAGUUCUAUGUGGCAUUUGUUGUGGGACACUAUGGACUCUAUGAAUAUCAUCUUCAGUUUGACACAAGAAACACACACUCAAACCUAAAAACAACAGCAAUAAAAUAGCUUGACCUUAA